AUGGCGACUGAUCCACACGUCGCAUUUCACCUGGACCAGUGUCAAGGGCUAGAUCCGGAGUCGCACACUGCUCAAAAGCUUCAUCAUGCUUCUCCGCACCACAUACACAUGACCAAUAGGAGGUUCUUCAUCGGACCGAUCCCCCAGGGUUGGCUGCAGAAUCACCGCAAAUCAUGGUGGAAGACGCGCAUAAAGUUCAGUAAAUAUUCGUCGAAGACGGUUACGUUCUCAGCGGACCCGGUCAUUGCGCAUUAUUCAGAGGAGCCUGAGACCGACCGUGAGGACUCGACACCGGAACAGGAGCCGGUUACAGAUACCACCGAGGACGAGAGGACGGACAGAGAUCAGGAGGAAGAGAGCAGUGAUGCAGAAGCACCGACACGGAAAAGCCUUCGUACUGUGCCUUAUACCCUGGAAGAAGAUCAUGAUUUUUCCUGUGUUACUACGGAUUCGGAAGCUGUGCCCUCGGAUUCGGGCGACAACAAACGUGAACGCGACUUGGCCUCGUCAAUGAGGAGACAGGAUGGGAGUUCCGCAUAUUAUACAGCCAGGGAACAGGAGCCAAUCGACGCCGGUCAAGCCUCCUCCAGGCCCGGUACAAUGGACCUGGAUCAGACCGGGGAGGGACUAAGUAAGCAAACGCUAAGUAUACCUAGCCAAAAUGGAGCCAGUCAGUCAAGCCCCAUGGUACCUGCUAGUGACCAUGGAUCCACGACCGCGUUGCUAAGGCCAGAUUCGAGAUCCAAAGGGAAAGGAAGACUCUCUGCUCCAUCGUCUACCAACCUUGAACAACAGGAGCCUCAGGUCGAGACGUCAGAAGAGGAGCCCCUCCGGAACGGACAUCGCCGUCGAUCGAAGAGGGACCAUUUACAUUCGUUUUCGAAACGGGCAGCCAAGCAUAACCUUGAUGACAACCUGCUGAACAAACAACAAAGAAUCUUGGCUCGAGUGUCGAGGACGCAUGCUAAACUUUCACGAACAUGGCCGUACAGACGGAAGAUGAAAGAAGGGGAGGUUAUAAAAGCCGAGAAGAUGGUCGUUCGACUCGAGGAGACGGUGCAGGAAAAGCUUCCAGACGACUAUUCGGAGAAUGACAGUCUGAAGAUGGAGACCAGGGUUGUGGAUCAAUGGCGAGAGUACCUGGUGGCAUGCCGUCUCGCUUCCGACGAAGAUGCACCGUUCUGUCUACAAAUGUACAAGACCCGUGUUAUACCUGAAGUGCAGAAGACAGGCACGCGAGUCGCCCCGCAUUAUCAAAUACCCUUGGGGCGAAAGAAAAUGAAUGUGAACCUCUAUUCGCAUCUCGACAAGGCAAUUGUGCUCUGGGGUCCCUGUAAGCGUGGGACGAAGAUCUACAUAAUUCGGCCAAAGUCCUCCACGCAUGCUGUGGAAUGGUUUACCUUUCUCAGCCAGAUAAUGGGAAAGCGGCGGCCGUCUUCGCUGCCUAUCCAUGUUCCCGACUUGGGCGUAUCUCUUGUCUUCCAUAACCCCUUUGAACAGUUGGAGGCUGCUCUGGACUCGAAGGGAAAGGGUAAUGGAAUCCUCAGCCGGGCUGUAGCUCAGGAAGAAUCACCAGCGAUGGCUAUAGUACGUGGGUGUUUGAAGAUGCUGGAGAAUCGUCCUGAAUGGGCCGAGGUCUUACAACAGUGGUCCAAAACUGAAAUCAUGGGGCUUGCUUGGAAACGGUACGAUCGCCUGGAAUGGAUCCUGGGCGCCAACGAGGAGAAGAUGUAUGGCUCUCUUGCUAUGCACAUGACUCACGAACUUGAACUACGCCCGAGGCAGCAUUAUCACACCUACAUAAAGCACAAUGGCGAGAGAGAAGACGAGCCUCAGCCUGUAGAAGGCUUCUUGGUGCGUCUGACAUCCCAGCGGGGUGUACAUCAGCGGAUGAACAGGAUGUUCUUCAAGCGGCUGUACUUUUUCACCCAGGAUCAAUAUCUGUUCUUCUGCAGGCCGUCAAGGUCACUACCCCCAGCGCCUCCGAGACUAUGCCGCGAUGGUACUGAAAUGCCUUCAACGCAACAAAUUCUGGAUGCAUCACCUAUUUCUUACGAUGUCGAUCCGUAUCCGCUCCAAGACGGUGAUAUCUCUUGGCUGCGGAGCGGCAACAAGGACCACAUCAGAACCCAUGACGAAGAAGCCUAUGUCCAGCGCCAGCGAAGCAUUCACAAUAUUGAGCACGCUGAUGGAUUCAUCGAUCUCACCAGGGUACAAGAGGUCCGACAUGUGCAACGUGAUAGCUGCCCCGCCGAUCGGAACAUCGAAUCAGGGCCAGAUGUAGCAUUCAAUCCCGAAGCAAGAGACACGCGCCAAGAUGACGGUGCAACGCAGCAAUUCAAUGACGACAGAACCUUUGAGAUGCUUCUGGACAACAACCUCGUGGUCCGCUUUCAGGCAUACAAUGACGUGACCAAGGCCGAGUGGAUGAGGCGGCUCGAAGCUUUAGUGAAAUACUGGAAGUGCAGAAUCGCGACUGAUGCAGCUGAGAUCAAGGCUCUCCGGCAACGCAACCUCAAACUUCUGGGGAUUGAUGAGGAAUUGGAAUCCAUCAUGGGACAGUUCGCUAAGAAAUGGGAGGUCAAGAAGGCGGAAGCGUCGCCUCUACUGCACAAUAUCUGCGUCCUGUCAGACUGUCGCCCAAUCAAGAUAUCUGGCCAUCUAUAUCGAAAACCCCGUCGCCACUCAACCUUCAAGAAAACCCACGUUGUCCUAACCGCCGGAAAACUAUUCAUCUUCCGCAGCUCCCUCCGAAAGCGCAACGGCGUCGAAGUCCCCCACAUACACCAAAACCUGGAGACCUCCAUCGAUCUCAAAGACUGUUAUGUAUACUCUGGUCUGAUGACAGACUCAGACCUGCUAUACACCAAUCAAACAUUCGACAGUAACCAUCCAGGCCACCAUGCCCUGCCCCGCGUAUAUCUCUCAUCGGAUGCCUACACAAGUAGCGAUGAAGAUGCGGCGAUCACGUUCGUCAUCUGGCAGCCACUGAAGAAGAACCUGUUCCGGGCGCGCGAGCAUGGAGUUAAGGGCCAGACGAAGCAAAAGAUUAAGCAAGUGUCGACUCUCGGAGUCCACGGGCGAACCAUUGUGUUCAAAGCCCGCAGUCGCGUAGAGAAGGAUCGUUGGGUGCUGAGUAUAGCAUCUGAGAUUAAUCGCUUACAGGAGGAUCAACCGGAGGAUGUGCGGAUAAUCACAUAACACGGGAUGUGAACUAGUAUAAUAUAAGUAUAGUAAAUUCUGCAGGCAGAUCUACCGCUUCAUGGUGCUUCUCUAUAGGAACACUAAAUGU